CGGGAUGGCGGCGGCGGGGCCGGGGCAGCGCGGGGCCCCGGGGGCCUGCCCGGGCUGGGGCCUGUCCCGCCGGCACCCGGCCGGGGGCAGGGACCCGCCGAGCGCCUCGGUGCCGCGCAGCAUCCCGGGCGGCAGGGGGGGUGCGGCUGCGGAGCCGGCCGGCCCCCGCGGCGGGGGCACCGGCGCUCUGGCGGCGGGCGGGCCCCGCAGCCCCCCCCGCGGCUGGCAGGUGCUCACCCGGCGGAGGCUGUCGGGCCGCACGGCCGGGAGGAUCGAUGUGUACUUCGUGAGCCCUGAAGGAAACAAGCUGAGAUCCAGGAGCGCCCUCCGGGAGUAUCUUCGGAAAACAGGGGAGACGAGUCUGAGAGCAGAAGACUUUGAUUUUACAGCUCCUGGUCAGCACAGAGCCCGUUCAAGGGGGAAAGGAUACAACACAAAAGCCGUGGGAGCUGCUGCAGAGAGUGAGGAUUGUUAUGGCCAAGAGCAAGGCCUGGGUGCACAAAAUGGGGCAGAGGACAGAAUUCAGAACAUUCCAGAGGGAAGUGAACACCUGGAAGACAUGACAUCCACUCUGGAAAGUGAAGGUUUGAUCAUCAGUGGUGUUACCCCAGAGGGCUGCUUGAGAACCAACAAAAAGGGGACAGGUGGAAAAAGGGGUCAGAAUAAGAGAACUGGAAAGACCUCAGAAAAGAGGAAUCGAGAGAAUACCCAGAGCAAAAGAGCAAGGAGGGUGUGUGACAAACAGGAAACCCAGUGUGCUCCAAACAAGUGGCUCUGCAGUCGGGCAGACCCAUGUGCCAGUGCCUGGCAGGGGGGCUGUCACCAGGACACAGACCCCAGGGGCUCAGCAGCAGCUCAGGUCAGGGCUCCUAGGCCUGGGUCAGACCUGGAGCUGAGGGCAGUCAGGCCUGGCUUGCCAAGGCACCCGGGGAGCUCAGCAGAGGAACGUGUGGAGGCAGGUUCCAGUGACACAUCUGCCCAAUCUGAGGGGAAAACCGUGGGAUUGGAAGUGGGGAGAGAGACAGACCAAGGGAAUCCAGAUUUCCAACCUGAGGCUGACACAGACACCAAGGGCUUGCAGCUGUGUGACAAGAAAAGCUUCACUGCAGUGAAAAAGCCACCAGAAAAGUCUGUCCCACGGACACAAGUGGACAGGAGGAAAACAAGUCCAUAUUUUUCAAGUAGAUACAAUAAAGAAGCUCCCAGCCCACCCAGGAGAAAGGCCUUCAGAAAAUGGACUCCUCCACGUUCCCCUUUUAAUCUGAUCCAGGAAACACUUUUCCAUGAUCCCUGGAAGCUUCUCAUUGCAACCAUAUUUCUCAAUAAAACUUCAGGUAAAAUGGCCAUUCCUGUGCUCUGGGAAUUCCUGAGGAAGUAUCCUUCUCCUGAGGUAACCCGGAAUGCCGACUGGAAGGAGAUGUCAGAGCUGCUCAGACCUCUCGGCCUCUAUGAGCUCAGGGCAAAAACCAUCAUCAGGUUCUCAGACGAGUACCUGAGCCGGGCCUGGCGGUACCCGAUCGAGCUGCACGGCAUCGGCAAGUACGGGAACGACUCCUACCGGAUCUUCUGCGUCAACGAGUGGGAGGAGGUGCAGCCGCAGGACCGCAAGCUGAACGUGUACCACGCGUGGCUGCGGGAGAACCGGGAGCGCCUGAGCCUCGCCUGAGCGGCGCUGCGCCGGCCGGGCCGCUGGCCUCCCCGCGGGCUCCUCGCUCAGACGUGGCUGCGGCGUCGCGCUAAUAAAGUUUGCAAGUCUCGA